AUGUGCUUAUGGCAACUAGAAAUCUUGGGCAUACAUCAGCAACAAACACAAAAUGCUUUUGAUACUAUCAAGAACAACAUGAAGGAAAAUGCGGAGGCUCUAAAGAGGAUUGAGAAGGAACGGAAGCUCAGUGACAUAAAGUUCACUUUGGUUGAUGAGAAAGAUCACCCAAUCGAAUUCGAGAAACCAGAAGAGUCGGUCAAGAACACAUAUAAACCUAGAUCCAACAAAUCUGGACGACAUUCGAAAAAGAAGCGGACUUCCCAAAAGGAACGAAGAUCAAAAAGAGAGGGUCUGCCACCGGAUUCUAUGCGGUCAUCAGUCUCGGUUGGGGGGAACGAGGCUAGGCGGGACAAAGGAGGAAAAAGAACACAGAAUGAAAGUAUACCGGAGCGAAUCGAUGAUACUUACAACGCCGAAAUUGAUGCUAAAAGAAAGGACUUGGAUGAUGUGUCCGUCGAACGUACCAAGGUAUCAUCAGCCGAAGGUCCUGAGGCACCAAGUCGUAAAUAUGGACUGAUCAUCCAGGACAGCCAAAUCGCCAUCAUUGCGACUAAUACUAAGGAGUAUCAAUCUGCGAGCAGAGUUGAUCGCGAUGAGACAAAGAAACUUCUGACGUAUCCUCUUGAAGAAAUCUCUGAGAACAUGUCAGAAGAAGGGGUGGGAGACAUGGAAUCAUACUUCAACAUGUCUCCAAGUUCACCUGAUUUCUCCCCUUCCGAACCCGACGAUGAUGUAAUUCCCUUCAACAUCAGUACUAAAAAGAGACUCCGUGCGUCUAUCGGGCAGACAGUUGACCUCUCGGAAUGCGCCUCCAAAACAGAAAAAACCAUGGUUUUCUGUGUUCACCAUAUCUGUAUAACAGAGGCGUGCCAAACACUCAAGCUCCAUGAACCUUGUCAGCAUAAACAAUGCAAGCACGUUGGAUUAGAACUCAUGAACCAAUUUUCUACUACAAAGAAACUCCCCUGUGCUUUGACCUUUCAGUUUGUGAGAAGCAGUCUACCUCAAGCUGAAACCGCCUCGGGGCAAGGCGUUGACCUUCAGUCUUUGGACAGAUGUCGGAGAAGUGAGGGAUGCUUCCAUUCUGUUGUUGAGGGUAUUUUACCCCAGAUAAAUGACAGUACUUCAGAAAAAGUACGCUGCGUUCGCGAAUAUGAUAUACAGGUUUGGUUAAAUGAUGGAUGGCAAUCAGACGCACUAGAAGUGAAACCAGUUCCGCACACAGAAAACAACGCUCUCCCGGGUGAGCCUGCGCAAGAUGACGAUGUUGGUGCUUUCAAGUUGUUAGAAGGCAUCAGAGACAGACGACGUGUCGAAAGUCCUUCAUUUCAUACCCUAGUUGCCUCCUUGAAACUAGCCGAGAAGUACAGCCUCGGCUCACUAUACUUGAGGCAGUGCAGGAUCUGGACUGUCGCGUUACUUCCGGAUAUAUCAACUUCGUUCGAUCAGCAUGCGAUAGCCUGGGUUUGGGUUCUAUGGAAACUCCAAAUGGGACCAGAGUUCAAGAAGCUGUCGGGUAUAAUGCAACAACAGGUGAAGCAUCGUAUUGAUCAAGACACGCACGAAUAUGGGGUCAUUAUUCCUAAGCAUAUAGUCGGUAAGUAA